GCAGCUGUCAUGGCGAGCUCGGCCGCCUCCUCCGUGAGACCGCCGAGGCCCAAGAAGGAGCCGCAGGCGCUCAUCAUCCCCAAGAAUGCCGCGGAGGAGCAGAAGCUCAAGUUGGAACGGCUCAUGAAGAACCCGGACAAAGCAGUUCCAAUUCCAGAAAAAAUGAGUGAAUGGGCACCUCGACCUCCCCCAGAAUUUGUCCGAGAUGUAAUGGGUUCAAGCGCUGGGGCCGGCAGCGGAGAAUUCCAUGUGUACAGGCAUCUGCGCCGGAGAGAGUACCAGCGCCAGGACUACAUGGAUGCCAUGGCUGAGAAGCAAAAAUUGGAUGCAGAGUUUCAGAAGAGACUGGAAAGGAAUAAAAUUGCUGCAGAGGAGCAGACUGCAAAGCGUCGGAAAAAGCGCCAGAAGUUAAAAGAGAAGAAAUUACUGGCAAAGAAGAUGAAACUUGAACAGAAGAAGCAACGUGAAGGAUCCAGUGAGACCCAGGAGCAGCCAUCCAGUGGCUCCGAGGAGGCGUCUGGGAUGGAGGACGAGGAGGAGGACGCGCCCAGCUUCGUCACGGGGCGAUGACAGGGCUGGCCCCGCAGCUGUCUGAGCCUGGCCCGUCCUGGGCCCGGGGCUCCGAACGCCCUCCCCAAAGCCUCAUGAGAGACACGGUGGGAGCCCCGCUGCGGGCAGGACUCGGCUGGCAGGGAGAGGACUGGCCUCCAGGACGCUCGAGGGCGCUGCUGAGCGGGGUUCAUUAAUGUCCUCGUUGAAAGAGGGGAACCCGAGGCCUGCUCUCACAUAAGUGGACAGUGACGAGCUUGGGGCUGGUUUCUGUGAAACGAAUGUUUGUUUAGUAAAGAACAGAAAAACUCCAGGUUUUGCUCGGACCCGAGACAUGCUGAUUACAGAAGCUGCAGAGAGGCCGUGACACGACACGACAGGGAGGGGGCUGGUCCCAGACUCAGAGGAAGCGGCCUCGGCUUUGGAAGGAGCCCUCACCGCAGGGCGUGGGGCCUCCGCUUCCUUCAGCUGAGGGUGCAGACUGCGCCCCAGGACUCGUCUCCCUCCGCGCAUCCCACCAGCUGCAGAGGGAGGCCUGGGACUGAACCCGGGGCGGAGCCGGCAGAGGGGACCUUGGCGUGUGAGGAGGACUGCAGAAAACCAACUGGUAUAGAAAGUCAGCAGGAAGAGGAGCCAGGCUGGGCUGGGCCAGCGCAGGCGGCCUGCGGGGCCCGGAUGGACCAGAGCAGGCGGCCUGCGGGCCCCCGCUGGGCCGCAGGUGACACUGGCCAAAAGCUACAUUUUCUUUGAGGGGAAAGGGGAUCUAAGCGGAAAACGGAAGGUGACUGAGGGCAGCCUCUCAGGCCAGCGGGAGAGACAGAGUUUCUAACUAGAGCCUUCCAUCAUGGUUUUUGGUAUCCCCAAGUUUCUAGGUCUGCCUUGUGCCUUUUAUAGAAAGUUUGAUAGAAUUAAGGAGAUAGUGGUUUCCAGUGAAGGGAAACAAGGAAACAUCUUACGUUUCUUGAUUUCCCUGGCUCCAUCCUGAGCCAUGUGAUGUCUGUGAUAACGUCUGUCUUUGCACAGUUUGUCACAGGAAUUUUCUUUCCCAGGAAGCUGAAAUGGAAAGUCAGCCCUCAUAAAUCAGCACACAGCCUGUCCAUUUUGAAAGUGGUGUUUCUCUUCCAUUAGGGGCUGACCGGUUAGUUCUGUGUCCUCCUAUCUUUGAAUUGUUGGUUUCCUUUGUCCCCUCAAAGUGUGUGUGUCAGAGCUUGUGCUUCAAGCCUGGAGCCCUGGGAUUGAGUUCUGGCCCUCCCUCUGAUGGGACAGAGAACUCCGGGCAAGUCCCUGCCCGGUGCGCCCAGCCAGGAGCUCGGAGCUUCCGCGGCAGAUGUGUGCUGGGCAGGUGAGCAGAUGACAAGACUGGGUGCUUGUUUUUACCUUUACUGGAUGUCAGAAGACGCUACUCAAGGAGAUGUCCUCCAGCAGUUCCUGGUGACGUGCAGUGGGCUUUUAGUGCCUUAGGUUGAAUGACUCGCAGGCUUUCUGUAAGCAACCAGAAACUUGGAUCCACUCUCCCAAUCCACUCGGCAGAACCAGGCGAGUGACACCGCACUUGGUGUUAUCACAGCCCAGUUCACUGCAGGGCAGCAAGCAAGGAGAACAGGCCAGCUGGUGCUCAAAAGCCCAAAAGACUGCGAGGGAGAGGGGCACAGGGUGUGUGAUCAGCUCAUGUACGGUUCUGAUUGGUUGAUGGUGAGUAACUGGGUGAUGUUUGGGGACUCUUAGCUUUCUGGUUCCUGCCCGACUGGGGUCUACGUUGCUGGUGGUCAGCGGCCAGGUAACUUCUUUCACCUGGUAGGAAAUCUUAAUAACCUGCAAAACAACUCAAGGGUGUGGUUCAAGAUACUACUUAUAGCCCUUGAACUAGAGGGCCUUGACUUUGUGUGUGGCUGAAUUAUUUUGUCUUUCUUGACUGCUUUCCUGUGUUUCUUCAUUUUCUCAUUUGUAAUUUGUGCAAGAAUGUGGGAGAAAGGCAUUGACUUUCAUUUUCAAAUUCUUUUCAUCUUUAAAAGAAUUCUCAAGUUGCUUGGUGCCAGUCGUUUGUAUUAUGAAAACAUUACCUCUCUGAUGGCUUUGUCACAGCACCUGGACAAACACUUGAAAAUCAGACACAGUGCAAUGAGGAUAGAGAUCCAAACACACCUGCCAUAUACCCAGAGCAACCAGGAAAAUCAGUUUUGGAAAUCUAGCGCCUUCUGCUGGGAAGCUACAGCCUGAGCUGUCUUGCUGAUUACUGCAGGAAGUCCCCUACAUGCAAACCUGCAAGUUUCGAACUUGGAAAGAUGUAAAUAUGUUCCAUCCAGCUCAGGUGUGAGUGAAGCUGCACCUGCCCUCCAUCUCCCGUUGCUGACGGUCCUUCAGCUCUACUGUCUCCCUCCUCCAGUCGGUAACUCUUCUUAGCUGCUCACUCAGUGCCAGCUGUUGUAUGACUGUACUUUUCAAGGUACUGUACUGUAAGAUUAAAAAUGGUUUUUGUUUCUGUAUUGUGGCAAGAGCAGGAACCUAGCACAGUACUGUAGAGCGGCUGUGUUGGUUAGGCACCUAGACUAACUUUGUUGGACUUAAGAACUCAUUUAUAUGUAGGGGACUCCCUGUAUUCCUAAACAGACACACUUCAUGGCAGCUGAGUGUGUCCUUGAGUCUGAUACAGUUCGGAAAGUUCAGGUUCUCAGUAACGCAGGAACGUGUCUGAACCCAUGUCCAUAAUAGGCACCCAGGUCCAUACUGAAUGCCUGAACUACAGUUACGUCAUUUUGAUUUUGUAAAUACAUUCUUUAAAGUAGAUGUAUACAGUGCAUGUUUGAUAAACUAUAACAGCCUGUAUAUGCCACAAUAACUUCUCCAUACCUUGGUAUGUGAAAGUUGC